AUGAAGAAGGAUAUGAAACUGAAAGUUCAAAUGUACAAGUGUAACAACUGCAAUUACGAAACCAUAUACGAACAUGCUAUCGAACAGCAUCAACUACAACAUAAAGAUCUUUCACAGGUUCAAAUGUACAAGUGUAACGAAUGCAACUACGAAACUAAAUACAAGAAUGUUAUCGAACAGCAUCAACUGCAACAUAAAAAGCCCUCGCAUGUUCAAAUUUACGAAACUAACUACGAGUGUAUUAUGAAACAGCACCAACUGAAGCAUAAAGAUCCUUCGGAGGUUCAAAUAUACAAGUGUAACGAGUGCAAUUACCAAACUAAAUACAAGAGGAAUAUGAAACCACACCAACUGAAGCAUAAAACUAAAGACGGGAGCGGUAUUGGAUAUCUCUUGUUGAAACAGGAAGAGUCCUUAUAA